GUGGACCAAGGAUUAUCGUGUGCGACAUUGCGCCAAUCCUCAGGCCUCAGUCCAAUACCUACCCACUGCUACGACCACAAGGCUUUGGGUAAUCAGUCACCCACUCAGAAGCCAGUACCUUUGUACCCGGCACAGACCUUUUACCCUGUCUGCCCUGCCUGCCUUUGCCUCCCACGCCUGGCUUGCCUGCCCUGCCCACUUCAUCGAAGCACAGUGGCACUCGGUCAGAUUCUGUGCUCUGACCUUUCACCUUUCACCUUUCAGCCUCCAGUCCUCCCAGGCUACCACUGGCACCUUUUUAACUAGCACCAGCCAACUACCCACCAUACCACCCCAGCAACUUCUCUCUCCCGUCUCCUCCACCAACUUUGCACUUGCGUUGCCGCGACUGGCCCAUCAUUCCAGCGUCAUCCUCGCUACUGCUGCAUCCAUCCCUACACGUCUUCCGCGUCCUCUCCUGUCGCGAUCGCACCUCAUCGUCCUCUGUUGCACCUUGCAGAGACCGUGGGUUCAACCUCUGGAGCUACCAUCCUCUGCCAUCCUUGAUCACCGUCACCCCAUCCUGCUCUGUCACACCCACACCCUGGCAGCUUACGGAUGUACUGAUGCAAAGCCUGCGCAUCAACAUCAACACCACCAUCACCACAGCCGCCUUCAUCUCAUCCUUGAUCCCGCCUGGAGAUGUCCCUAUACCCUCCUACACGCCAACCCUUAAAUGCUCUUAACGGUAUCGCCGACAUGAACGAUGGCUCUGGCACAAUUAAUCCCGCGGCUUUGAACGCCACUGGUAUGCUUGUUUCCCUCCCGUCGCAUCACUUACUUGCUACCUUGUACUCGUAACACAUCUUCAUGCCCCUUUGAUUCGACAGCGCAUCCAUUCCCUUCUAUCCGUGCGCCUCUUGAUAACUUCGGUUCUAAUCCUGCCGCAUCACAGGGACGUUACGGCAAUCCUCUACCGAAGCCAACCCGCGUGGCAUCAAGCGCAGUCGCUCACCCGACCAGUAUGGUGAGCAUCAGCAAGUCGGCGAUGAUGGUCCUCGCAAACGAGGCCGACCUUCCAAGACACCUCGAACUUCUGGCGACUUCACCACUAAUGCCGACUCCCUACCAACUCCAUCCAGUCAAACUUCUCCAGACCUAAUCCAAACUCCAAAGAGUCAAUCCACCUCCAAUCAACCCGCCAUCACGCCAGUACAAAGCUCCCCUCCACGCACCAUCCCCAAGUCCACCAUCAAAGCCCUCCCUACUGUCCGCGAUCACACCAGUGACGUGCUUGGAGAGGAAGGCGAUGAAUUCGUUCCACGCGAAUACGAUGAUGCUGGCGAGAAGAAGGUUGAUGCACAGGGCUACCUGCAAGGAGGGCGAGAGUACAAAAUUCGCACCUUUACGCUUCCUGGCAGAGGUCCUAAGCUCUUCAUGCUGGCUACUGAAUGCGCCAGGCAGCUUCAAUACCGAGACUCAUACCUUCUCUUCAACAAAAACCGCUCACUGUUUAAGAUUAUUGCCAGCGUCAAGGAGAAGGAAGAGCUUGUCGCCCACGAGAUCCUCCCAUAUUCGUACCGUUCUCGACAGAUUGCAGUGGUGACGGCACGAUCCAUGUUUCGUCAAUUUGGAAGCCGAGUCAUUAAGGAUGGCCGGAGGGUGCGAGAUGAUUAUUGGGAAGCCAAAGCCAUCAAGCAGGGCUUCACUGAGCAGGAUGCUGCAGGAGAGAAACGCCCUGGGGCUGCGCGGGCCCGAGAGGCCGCGGCGCAAGAUCAAUUGAACGCCAGGGCUCAAGUCGCUGCUGCCUAUGGGGACAUUGUCUACAGCAACGGGCCAGCCUUCGGUGUAGAGCAACCACCCCCGUUGCAGGCAGGCAUCGCCUCGACCAUGGCCCAACUUACGUCGUUUGAUCCUGCCUACGACUCGAGAUACAAGGACAUCGUUCGACCUCGCCACGAGAUUAGUGGCCCGCCAUACCAGGACCUUACCCGGUCGAGCUCUGAUGCUGAAUUGACUAGCCAGGCAGGACAUGCGGCUGAUUUCAGCAAGUCCAUCAAUCAACAGAACCGCUACCGCCGUAGCUUGGUGGAUGACUAUUGGCGCAGAGAGCACAAGCAACCAAUUGCAACUCCUCCUCCGCCCGAGACUGAACUUCCUGCUGCUAGCCACUCUUACUCCUCUCCACGAUUCCAUCCCAAUGACCUGCCUCCACAGGGUAAUCCCAUUGCUCACCAAUCACAGUCUUCGCAGCCAGGCAUGAAUCCUCCUUCGUAUACUCAUCAGCAGCCUCCAAUACAGUCGCCAGUCCGCCAACCAAGUCUGCAGGCCUUCCCUCGAGAUGGGGCGCAGUUCACCCCUCAACAAGCACAAUUUCAAAGGGCAGGUUCCAAUGUUUCUGUGGGACCACCUCAGCAGCAACAAGUUCCUUUCAGCGGUGGAACAUUUUCACCUCAUGGCUUGAGCCAGCAGCAACAACAACAACAGCAGAGCUGGGGGGCCCCACCACCUCAACCUCAUCAAUCUCCUGCUAUGCAUCGUAUGAGCACACCACAAUUCUCGCCCAACUUGGCUCAGGGACAAAUUCCAUCACCCAUGGGUGGCGUAAACCACCCGAAUGCGUCACCUCAUCAGCAACAGAUGCAGCCACCGCAGAUGCCCAUGCUUCAUCAUCAGGGGAGCUCUGGUGGGAUGGGUGGCCAACAGUUGUACGGUCCAGGAGCUGGUCUUCAAGCAAUGAACGCGGCUGGGUAUGGAAAUCUCGGCAUGGGCCAGCGAGGCAUGUAUGGAAUGGGAGGUCAAACGCAGUUCAUGCAACCAAAUCCUCAGCAUGGCCAGCAAGGCUGGCCUGGGCCUCAGAGCCAGGGUCAACCAGGUGGACAGUGGAACCCGGGAUUCCAGUAGAUGGAGGGGCCACUACUAUGGUGACUUGGGAGGACGAUGGUGGCUGCGAAAAGCUACUUGCACAGACAGUGCUUUUUGAUAUCCUCGAGGUCAUGUAUGCCGGGUCCACAGAACCACCGUGCAUCGUUGGCCAUGGACGGGAGUUUUCACAUCUGGGAGUUUGUGUCGUAUUUUGAACAGCAUGUCAGUUGGUGCGGCUCACCUGAGCCUUUAUUUCUUUGCACAUUUGAAUUCCCUGCUGCGACUGGGUGGUGGAGGUGGCAGCCCCAAUGAGCUGUAAUCAAAGGUGAUGGUUGUUUUGAAUAUAUUUGCAGUGGGGGCACUGAAUGAGCUGACAUGGCGGCACGCUGUCACUUUGGGAGCUCACUCUGUUGGCCGGCGCAGACAUGUUGAGCAUGUCGAGUCAAGGGUGCUUGGAUGAGGCGAUCCACAGAUGUUACGAUUUGGUGAAGGCGCAAGUGCUGGUUUAUUCUUUGGUCCAUUUUGGGCAGCAUUAUAUCCCCCUUUCGAUGUAUAUUGCAUUUGCUUGGGCGGUGAAAGUAACGGAGCUAUUGUGGAAGUGCGACUGCGAUUUGGCCGAUGCUCGAUUGCAUUUGCUGGAAACGGGCGGAGUGCGCAUACUGGUCGUCUAAUGAUUUUGUCGGAUUCACGGGAAACAGGACCCUGCGAAAGACGCGAAGCGACGAUCAUGGAUUGAGUGAGAAACUACAUGUUGUGGGACUGUCUUUUCUGGAUUCUUUGCGGACGUCCACUCUGUCUUUCAGCUACACGCGUCACGGAAUAAUAUGGAAUAUGUUUAAGGAUUUAAACGUGAAUAUUGACCUUUUCACAACUGUCG